AGCGCACGGCGAGAUACGGAGGGGCCGCUGCGGAGAGAGGAGUCAGAGGACGGCCACACAAAAUGCUCAUUCACCGCUGGGAAUGUACCGACACCGGACCGUAGUUUUGCAUGAACCCGCUAUGGCACCGCUGCGUCUUCGAUCAAGCCUAUCCAAAUGAGCUGGUUGGUUUUGUGUCUGGGAGACAGACGAGCCUGACAGAGCACACGCACAGAGAGGACGUCACAGAUGAGAGCUAUGUCAGAUGCCCUGGAGCAGAGAGUGAGUGAGGAGGGCUUCGGCUCAGAUGAAGGAGAAGAGGCCGAUGUGGAGAGUUUCCUGGAGGACAACAGCUCCGAGCUCAUGGACCGACUCAGGGAACUCGAGGCGGAGAACUCAGCUCUGAUGUUGGCCAAUGAGAGCCAGAGGGAGGCGUACGAGCGCUGUCUGGAUGAGGUGGCCAACCACGUGGUACAGGCUCUACUCAACCAGAAGGACCUGAGGGAGGAGUGUAUUAAGCUGAAGAUGUUGGUUUGUGAUUUGGAGAGACAGAACCGAGCUCUGUGUGAACUGUUCCAACAGAAGCUGCCCAACCACCCCACCACUAACUAUCAGGUUCAGACUGGACCUCUCCCAGAAUUCACUGCUCCUCAGCACCAUGAAUCAAAGCAGGAGCCCGCACAAACAGAAGCACAAGCCAAGGCUAACGCUGUCCGGCCUCAGCACGCCUCUCCGGCUCGCAGCGCUCACACCUCCAUGGACGCUCUCUCUCCGUUCUUUAAGAAGAAGGCCCACAUCCUGGAGGUCCUGAGGAAGAUGGAGGAGACAGACCCACUCAAGUUCCACCCCUCGGCGACCAGCCUGUCCUUCUGCGAUUACAGCCAGGUGCUCAAGUCCACAGAAGCUGUCCUGGCCUCAGCAGACCCUCACUCUCUGCAGUGUAAACCUCACCACACCCAUACCCACUGCCACUGCUCCCCCCGCCCAGAGACAGAGCACCCACAACUCAACGGGGACGGCGCCCAAUCUGAGGAGGGCAUCAAGUGUUGCUCUCACUGCAAGAGGAGCCCACCAGAGAGUCCCCCGAAAGCAUGUAAAAGUGUGUGCGCUUCCACGAAUGUACAGAGAGGAGGAGGAGUAGGGGGAGGGGCUACAGCCUCAUCCAGUGAAGGCCCUGUGGGGAAGAGUAGAGCAGAGGCUGUGGGCACCUCCAAACAGAGCUCCAAGACUGACGCACACCUGCAGCAGAGCGACCCAGGGCAAGAGGCUGAGACUGGGGAAAGAGAGGAGGAGCUGGAGGGUACUCAGGACCCAGACACAGGAGUGGCUGUUCCAGAGGAGCUGACUGGUUUCUCCCCCUCUCCCCACCCCUCUACUGAGUCUGACCCCAACUCCUCCCCCCUCAUCCCAGAGAGAGACACCUCAGAUCCCCCCUCUGUCCGUGCCUCCUCCUCCAUCAGCCCCAGCUCCUCCUGCCUCAGCGAUGUCAAAACGGUUGCCAUCAACUCCCCGUCCAAACUCCUCAAAUUCCUCAAGAUUCCGAACAUCACGGAAAAAUGCCAACCAAAUCCAAAUGCGUCCGCGGUCCGAUUAAGCCCGCAGCUAACCCGAAAUUCCAGAAUUCCCUGUCGCACAAAUAACUACGAGGUUUACCAUUCUCCGGUACCAACACGGAGAGCGACUACUACAGAAAGGUGUAGGCAGCCUCCUCCUCCUCCAACCAGAUCGGAAUCGUAUCCGGCUACACACUCUGCUCCAACCUCUCCACCACAAUCCGAAGAUACUCUACCCGAAAAAGAUUACGCAAGUCCAGCUAAAGCAAAGAUGGUCGCUCCCUCUUCCAAUGCUGCUACUACAACUAUUACUACUACUAAUCCUGCUCCUUUGAAAAUUCCGCAAGCAAUUCCACAUUACGAGAACAUCUGCGACAUCCAGACCAGUGUGGCGAAAGGUAGCGAAGUUGAGAAAAGGACGAUCCCACAAAUCAAAACAAGCAUAGGAGAAAGAAAGCUGGUCAAAUCUUUGCCAGAAUCCGUCUUAAAAGCCUCAAAUGAGCGUAAACAGUCCUCAUCUUCUACAACGGACACCACAUCGGAUGACGAGGAUUCAGAUAGUCCAGUCUGGGUCAAUCAACAAAGCUUACCCGUUUGUCAACCCGCCCUCAAAGCACAAACGGCCAACUUUGCACGUCCGAUUGAGAAGCAAGAUGCAAAAGAUGGGUUUGCUGGUGCGAUUCCCAUGACAACGCAGCCUCCUCCACCAACAAGAAGGUCAGAAGCGUCGUCCAUACCUAAAAGACCUAGCGUAGUAGCAGUGAGAUCGCAAGGAGAUCCAAGCCAACAUGCGUUUAAAGAGCGCUUAGCUGCACUGGGUAAGCUAAGGAGUUCAGAGGAUUUGCAAGUUGGAAUGAAACAAGUGGAGACUGCGAGUUUUGGUGAAAUUAUUGAAGAGCGAAAUGUUAGGACGGUAGAUAGGCAACAAGCUACCGAAAUCCAAAAGGAGGAGAAGUACUCAAAAUAUGCAGAAUCAGAUGGGAAAAAAGUUAACGAAAGAGGUUUAAAAUAUGCAAUGCCAAUGUUCGAACAAGGCGUGAAAUCUCAGCAAUCACCAGCAGGAGGCGCUAAGCAAGAGUUACCGAAAUCGGAUGGCUCGAAAAGCAAAAUUGGUCUUCCUUCGCCCAUUACAGACGCACCACAAGUUCUACGCAAUAAUAUAAAAUGUCCCGGAUCAUUGAACUUGGCUUACAAUGUGAAGACGACGAAUAGUCCAAACAAAAUCCCACCCAAAUCACCAUCAAAGCCAUGUCCGAGUUCUGUUCAGAGGAUGAGCAAACCACCUGAAACACCCAGAUAUUCGUCCAAAUCGGAAGAACGCACAAAAAUUAGCGGGAAAGGCAAGAAAAAUCCCAUAUUUGGAGAUAGCUUACCGCCUCCUCCACCGAAGCCACCUGUGGAAAUCCAACCCGAGAAGCCGGCGCAACCAGCUACAAGUCCACAAUCUGCUAUCGAGCAAAAAGUUAUGAAAGGAAUCGAAGAGAAUAUGUUAAAAGAGCAAGAUAAAGUUGUGCAAAUUGGAGAGGUGAAACAAAAAACGUCCAAUGGCAUUGCGAGUUGGUUCGGUUUGAAAAAAAGCAAGCUACCAGCGUUAAGUCGCAAAACUGACGGAGUGAAAGCAAAAGACGAGAAGCGUGAAUGGAAGAUAAAUAUACCGUCCGUGGGCAGGGACUCUGUGAAGGUGGCGAGCCGGUGUAAAGAGGGCGUGGAGGGGCUGAAUAUCUCGACACUCAUGGAGAAAGCAGAGGGCCUGCGGAGGGCGCUAGAGGAGGAGAGGCAGUUUGUGGAGAGACAGAGCAGGGGGCAUUCGUGUGAAGUGGUGAUGGACCAGAGCCAGGGGCAACUCGCUGUCAUGUACAGAGGGGGGCGCUCUGACAACUUCAUGCAACAACUACUCAACAGAGUGGACGGUAAAGAGGUGGUGUGUCUGCCUCAGCGUCGUCUCUCCUUUGACUGUAAAACCUCCAAACCCAUGUUCCACAGCGACAUCCUCCACAGCAGAGACGACAUGGAAAAGGCAACCGAGAGAAUCGCAAACGUCACAUCUGACGAGAAUCUGGCCGACUCAGUCCAGCAUUUUGCAGCGGGCUCGGGUGCUUCCACAUACACCCUGGACAGUGGCAUAGGGACCUUCCCUCUCCCUGAGUGCAGCAGUGGAGCGGCUGGUAGAGGCCUUCACCAUGGCUCCUCUCCUGGUCGAGCGGGCAGGAGGUCCAGGACUCUGGAGAGAGAGGCUCCAUCACAGGACGAUUGCUAUGCCCCACACAAAGCCCUGAUGCCCUCUGCUCCAUACGGGCACGGGCAGGAGGGCAGGACUGCUGGACUCAUCAGAGAAGAUAAAGAAGGAGCCAGUGUGUUUUCUCCACGCACUAAAACAUGGACGUUCCCAAACCUGAAGGCUCCUGCCGGUCCUGCCGAGGUGUACCUGGCUGUGGAGGAAGAGGAGGAGGAACCUCUGCCCUACAGCUCCCCCUACAGAGCGAACCUGAAGCCCAGCGGUCCUUCCUCCAGUCGUGCAGUGGACCCAGGCAGCCUGCCCGUGCCUGCCCAGAGCGGAGUGAGCCGUCGGGGGAAGAGUCGUGCUCCAAGUGUCCCUGAGAUGAACCAACCUGGCCUGGACCCCCUAUCACCCAACAGACCCCAGAACCUAGAGACCCCCGAGUCCUUGAGUGACUCCCUGUACGACAGCCUCUCCUCCUGUGGCAGCCAGGGCUGAACAGGUGUGGACCAGGGAGCCUAGAGCCCACCUAACACCCACCCAAGACCCACUCGGAGCACGGACAGAGGUGAAGAGUGGAGUCAGAAGAGGAAGAAAAGCGUGGAUUAAAGUUCAGAUGGAGGGCAGCGAAGUUCUACACUGCAAAGAUGAUCUCAAAAUAUCAACAUGAGUGAAUGAUUAUCUGUCCACUGAAAACUGUAUGCUUUGACAAUACUUUAUAAAGAUGAGUGGGUCUGGAAGUGUAUCCUGUCUCCCUGAUUUCGCAUGGGGUACUGAGGUAAAAAAGUAUUGAUACUUUGCAGCCAACAUUCUCUGGAGGUGUGAUGCUAACUGUAGGCAUGCUCUGUCUGUAUAAUUUGUGCUGUUAAUCGAGUCCAUCUCAAAUAAAAUUACAGUCACAGCUAGCUAGCAUUAGCCAACAGUUUUCCAGUCACUCUUUGUUCAGACAAAAUGUGCUGUUUAAAUCCAUUUUGUAUUUUUUUCUUUCGUUUCAGGUCUUCAGACUUUUAACAGUGUUUGCAAUGUGUCACUAUGGUAACUGCUGAACAUUCCAUCAUAUAGAUACAUUUAGAGUACCCCUAGGGUGACGUGACUGCAAAGUAUCAAUUAUAGAUUUUGUUUUGAAUGAUACAAGAAUGUUCAUAAGGAGAUGUCUUCCACAUUUGAGAGACAUGUGACACAAAUUAACGGCUGUGAUUGGACCGUCCAAAGUAAGGACAUUUUUUUGUUGUGCAUUAUGGUCCAAUCCCAACAUCGUAGGAGGGACUAGAUGGUCAGGCAAAGUUAACUCUGUCCUGUGUAACUUUUCUGGUUGCCGCCAUGGAGAUGUUAUUGUUUGGAAUAUUCCACAAUAUGGCAUUGAAACAUAUCUUGCAUUUUGAUCCCUAAAGAAAUGUCUAGGCCUGGUUGCAUUAGUUGCUUGCCUCCAUGUAAAUACAUUAAUGCCUUACAGUGGAACAUUCUAGGCAAAGUGUUAACAUCUCCAUGGAGACAAACAGAUUGCACACCCGUCCACCAGAAAAGUUACACAGUGCAUCUUUAAAAACAGCACAGAAUAUGCUAUUUAAGAUUUUUUUUUAAUGCAGAUUUGUUGACCUGGUUUAUGGUUAAUAUUUCCAUAAUUAUCGGGCCAAUCCACACAAAACAAAAAUGGGCUCACAGUUCUUCUCGAUCAGCACAAAUCAAAAAAUAAAGUUAAAUUAUUUUUUCACAGUAGCUUAAAAAGUGGUGCUACUUGUCAAGCACAUUGGGAUAAUAAGACAAUAUAUUUAAGUAUUAGGUUCAAUAUUUAUGAAUUUUCAGUUUUGAUCUCUCUUCCUGUAUAGCGCCCCCUGCCCUCCAUCUGAUGCUGUGUCAUGACUCAAUUCAAAAACAUGAAUGCAACUGAUUUGAAUAUAGACUCCAAUUUUACUGUGAUGCUGCUGCUCCAUCUUUGAGGAUGAAAACUGAACUAAAAACCUUCUGGUAACGCGUUGGUUGUUGUUGUUGUUUCACUUUUGGCUCUAUCGCAACUGGAAAGCUGAUCUCCUCAGGAUUAAACAAGCCCAAAGCCACUCCAAUAAAAGCGUCAAAUCUUUUUCACAAUUUGACGAAAGAACUUUGACAUUUCACGUGUACAGGACUGAAGCACAAAGACUGUAAUGUCCUUGUUGACGUUUUAACUUAUUUGUCAAAAACUGCAAAAGUCAAAUGUAAAAAUGUGUUAAAAUGACUUGAAUUCAGAAUAUUUAUUAAGAUUUGAGUAGAUUCUAGGGAUGCAACUAUACCGAUACUGGUGUUGAAUAUUGGCACUGAUACUGAAGAAUAGUGGUGCAACUGUAAAAGUAGCACAGUUUCAGGUAUCUGUGUUUUACAAAUACAAAUAAAAUGGCUAGGAAAAAAACAUUAAUUCAGUUGUUUCUGUUGAGCACAAAUCUUGAUAAAAAUUGUUACAUUUGGAGCUGUAUUACAUUUCAACAGCUGUGCAAAAUACUUUUUAUUUUUUAAGUACAUUUUUAAACAGAUACUUCAGUACUUAAGAUUUGUGUCACUUUAACUUAUACUUGAGUAUUUUUUGCUCUGGUCUCUGUACUUUUACUUAAGUAAUAAAAUGGAGUACUUCUUCCAGCAGAAGAAUGAGAGGAUUAAGCUGAUGUCCUGGUUGGGCCUUUAAUUAGAUGUAAUAAGAAUUCUAUGACAUAAUAUCAUAAUGUUUGGAUAAAUAAAUAAAUAAAUAAACAGUUUUAGGGAUGCACCAAUACUGAAUAUCAGCACCUAUCCAGAAAAAUGAGCUGUGUCGGGUAUCGGUGACUUGGAAGGUUGGGCUUUUUAUUGUAUGUAAUGAGACUAUUCGAGUAGUUACUUGCUGGAUAAAUGACACAAUUGGAUAAAUUUUGUAGCUUUAGAAUGAUCUUGAGCUGUAUCAGAACAAGUAUAAGAGCACAUAGACAAGUAUACACCCAUGGACCACUAUGGAGCCUACCUGGACCACUGAGGGAGUACACAAAUAUAAGACCAAAUGGGAAUAGAAAAGAAAGUUCUACUGUUUAAUGUUGAAAAUCACAUUCUAUUGUCUAAAUUGUGUUUUUAUAAUCAUCAUGGUAUCAGAAUUAGUAUUGAGUAUCGAGGCUAUUCCUUAGCAAAUGUUAGUAUCGUGGUAACAUGGCCCCUAUUAGGAAAAAUAUCCAAUUAUAUCCAAACUUAUCAAUAUUUUGAAUUCAAGUCAUUUAAUGCAACUUUUUGCAGUUUUUUUGUCCACCUGAAGGAAAGCAGUUAAAUCUGUUACAAUUUCACUGAGAAAUGUAUUAAAAAACACAGCUCCUUUUUAUCGAAUGUCCAAGAUUUUGAACUCAUAUAAUGUAAAAAAAAAAAACAAGUUUAAAUUUUUUUUUUUCUUAUUGUUUUACGACCGCUGAAGGUUGGACAAAUGUCUGUUUUAAAAGAUUAUGCGUUUAAUAUAUUCCAGCAAUAAUAACCCAAGAGAAAUGGCUUCGAUAUUCCAUAAAUGUGUAAUUGUAAUGAUUUUUAUUAUUUAUUUAUUUUUGUUUUUUGUAUUUUGUGGAAUCUAUUUCGCUUCGAUUUUGUUCCAGACCUGUCCGUUCCGUAGACAAUAGAGGUCCUAUGUACCUACUGCCGUUUUUUCAACUUUCUAAUAAAAAAACAAAACACUUUGAUUUAA